AUGCACGACCACGACCCAACCGAAGACCUGGGAGUCACCUGUCCCUCCGGUACCAACUUUUACAUCUGCAAAAGCGAUCCCAGUCAAUUCAUCGGAUGCUGUGCCAUCAACCCCUGCAGUACCCGAAAGGGUCUCUGUCCAGACCAACAUCUCAAACCGGCCACUUUCGACAAAGCAUACGAGGAGUAUAUCCUGCCUCAGGCUUGUAUCAACGACAAUGUCGAUGUUGCGUGGCAUGCUUGUUCCUGGUCGACAUCUUCGUUCAUGGGAUGUUGUGCUGUGGAUCCUUGCAAUGGCGGAUGUCCUGCGAGGCAGUUGAGAGCGGCGAAGUUGAGCGAUGAUGCCAAGAAUGCCGAGUGUUUCCUUGGUGGGGAGUACGGGUAUGAACCGAAGCCGAGUUAUACGUCAAGUAGUAGUCUGGAUCCCACUACAAGCACGAGUGCCUGCUCGACUACGACAUUUUCGACUACGAUAGUUUCAACUACCGCCUCUAGCUUCACGACGUCAAUCGUGACUACAUCAGCUUCUAGUACCUCGAUGUCAUCAAGCCCCAAACCUACAUCUGCACCGCCGAAGGACAGAGGCGGUCCAGAACUCAGGUACUGCUGGAUUUUGCUCUUGCUCGUCUUGCCCAUUCUUUACUGUGCACGACGGGCAUCCAUAAAACGGUCGAAACUCCGCGAGACCAAGAGAGACAUUAAUAACAGCGACAGGUUUUGGCAAUCGUCGGAUAAUGAGUCGGUAGAAAGGACGGCUAUUCCACAGACAAACCCCUCAAUCAACAAGCGCGACAAUCGUCCUCUUCCACUCAAGCGAGGCCUGUCAUAUCAUCCCCAACUAGAUGUCCAGACCGGGGACGGGCGAACAGCCAACCAGAAAGAAUUCCCACAGCCAGAUUCAGAUUCCUUGUUGAAAAGGGAUAAGAGUCUUCCUACUUUGGAGGAGAUGCUCCUCGAAAAAGGCAAAAGUUGUUCACCUAAGGAAGAGUCAAUAGUUCCUUCCCGGCAACACCAGCAACCUGUCAACAAAGGCAUGAACAGUACCUAUCCCUCUUUCAAAGGGGACGUUCCUGCCUCUAUCAACCCGAAAUUCGGCGGUCGAGAUACAGAGUACACAGACAGCCCCAGUCCCGAAGAGCCAACAGGUCCUCGUAUCCUCAUAGUUACGAACCCAGAUCCCCCAGAAGAAUCAUCUGGAGCAUCUACGCUACCCAGAAGUACCCGAGUUCCAAGUCGAGGACGAACCAAGAAGCGUCAGAGACCUCAGAUUCUUCGGAAAUCCCUAUCCCCCUUGUCCGAGGAAAGUGUGGGUUGGGAGAAUGGAAGUCGAUGA